ACGUUCGUUCAUUACAUUUUAGUCGUUCACUUGCCGAAGCUUCGUUCGAUCGAUAGUCUUGCGCGAUUGUCAGUUGAUACUUGUUAAUCGAUUGCAAGUGGUUUGCAUAUGCCGCGCUAAACAAAAACUUAUCGGACUCGCUUGUUUUUCGGGACACGCUUUUUUUUUACAUUUUUUAUUCUUGUGUGUUUGCUAAAAUGCGUGCUUGUACUAUUAUAUUUAGUGUCCUUUUUGGAUUUACACUGGUUCUACAAUUAGCAUUGGCAAAUUUGGUUCCAUCGGCAGCACUAGAAAUUUCGCCCAAGGUUGUGGGCGGCACACCAAUCUCGAUAGACUCGGCUCCCUAUCAGGUAUCGGUGCGCAUGACCGAUCGCGAUCGCGUGUCCUUUGGCUCCGGACACAUAUGCGGCGGAGUCGUGAUCUCUCAGCGUUUGGUGGUGACAGCUGCACACUGCACCUACAACUCGAAUAAAAACAAAUAUUAUACGGCUGGCGAUUAUGUGCUUGUCAUGGGCACAUCGUAUCUGACGAGCACCACAAACAAUACGCUGCAAUAUUAUGUGCAGGAGUUGAUACCGCAUCCCAGCUACAAUCCCAAUACGCUGGUCAACGACAUUGCGCUCAUGUUCAUAAAUGGCUAUAUACCCUGGACAUCGGCGUCGGUUAAAGCGCUACCCUUGAACACCGUCAAUCUGGCCGCGGGAGUCAAUUGCUCAGUUACCGGCUGGGGCGUCACCAGCAGUGGCAGCAGCGUGAGCAGCAACGCUUUGCGUGUGGGCUACGUGCCCAUCGUUAGCUAUCUGCAGUGUGCCAUCGGCUACGGGAAUGUGCCUCGGACUCAGCUCUGCGCCGGCUACAUGACUGGUGGCAUCGAUGCCUGCCAAGGUGACUCCGGUGGUCCGUUGAUGUGCAACAACGCCUUGGCUGGCAUUGUCUCAUAUGGCAAUGAGUGCGCCUUGGCCAAUUAUCCGGGUGUCUAUACGAAUGUCUCGGCGUACAAUGCGUGGAUCAUCAAUACGAAUAACACCCUCAACUAUACGGUCUUUAAGAAUGGCAGCGGAAGUCUUGUUGCCGGCAUUUGGCUGACACUUUUUAGCAUCCUAUUGGCCUACUGAUUUGGGGAAGCUUUGCAUUGCAUUUGAACUGUACUGAUUGAUGAUCUAAUUUGUUAGUAAAUAUAUAUGUACAUAUGUUUUUUAAGUA